AGUAUAAACAAUGUGGUGCCCUACAGAAAAUAGGUAAUCCAUGGUGGGAUCAGGACUGCUCUUUCUGGAUUAAAAGUAGAAAAGAUGCUAUCGCCAACUUUAAUAAUUUUCCAACCAUUGAAAAUUUUAUAGAAGCAAAAAAAACAUUGCAGUUACACGAAGAAAUCUUAGGUUAAAAAAAAAGAAAAAUUUCAAGCUUUUUGUAAAACAUUAAGUAGAGAAUCUGACAUUAGGUACGUUUGGAAAAAAAUAAAAAAGUUUUCAAAUAAUAAAUCCAACAUCAAUAGUUUUGUCAUUUCAGAUAAUUUAAGAAAAGAAAUACUUAUGAGAAUGGCAACUAUAGACAUUGACCCAUAUUUCGAGUUGUUACCGACCGUUGGAAAUAGCCAAAUUUCACCUUUUAGCAUACAAGAAAUGAGGAAUGCAUGGCAAGAUAAAAGAAUGUCAGCUCCAGGUUUAGAUGAUAUAGCAUAUCCCAUGUAUAAAAACUUACCAACAGACGCGAGAAAUUCGAUAAUAAAUAUUUACAAUAAAUGUCUAUUUGAGGGGAUCGUCCCAGAUUCAUGGAAAAAGUAUAAUAUUAUAAAUAUAUUAAAGCCAAAUAAAAACCCGCUUCUAGCGGAAAGCUAUAGACCAAUAAUGCUGUCAUCUUGUGGAUGUAAAAUACUUGAAAUUAUGAUCAAAAAUCGUUUAGAGUGGACACUAGAAAACAGGUUAACAUUUUAUAAUGAACAGUGUGGAUUUCGUAAGGGUAGAGGAAUUUAUGACAAUAUAGCUUACCUAACUACAUAUAUUUUUGAAGCUUUUCUUUCUUCGCAGUCAGUCAUUGCGGUUUUUUUAGACAUUAAGGCAGCGUACGAUAAUGUUAACAUCUAUAAACUAUAUGACAAAUUAGAGCAGCUCCAUAUUCCCAGGGAAUUAAACAAUCUCAUACAUAGAUUGAUAAAAAAUAGGCUAAUUUAUUCCAGAAAAAUAGAUGGUACAUUCCUAGAACCAGUCUUGGCAACUAGAGGACUUCCUCAAGGCUCGCCACUUAGCACAAUUUUGUUUAAUAUCUAUAUUUUACAGAUUUUCAAGUUAGAUCUAAACACGGUAAAAAUAAUAGGGUACGCAGAUGAUUUGGUCAUUUUUGUCAAAGGAUCGAAUAUAGUAGAAAUGUCUAAUAAAAUUAACUCUGCUCUAGAAACAAUUAAUGUGUUUUUAACCAAGAAUGAUCUUUCAUUAUCUUUGAAUAAGUGCGAAGCGAUGUGGUUUACAAAAGGGAAAAGAAAAUCUCUUCCACCGAUUAUACAACUGGAAAGUCAAUCGUUGGGUUUUAAAAGCCACGUUAAAUAUUUGGGAGUGAUCUUACAGGAAAAUUUAAAAUGGGAGAAACAUGUUGAAAAUAUCAUCUCUAAAGCUACAAAAGCUUUGAAUGUAUUAAGAGCAGUGUGUAGAGUUUGGUGGGGAGCAGAUCCGAUUACUAUUUUGAUAGCAUUUAAUGCGUUAGUCAGAUCGCAGUUGGAUUUUGGUAGUAUUUUCCUUAAGCCAAUCAGUAAACUGAGUUUGUCCAAAUUGGAUAGAGUAUUCUUUGAGGGCUUGCGUAUCUGUUUGGGAUGUAUGAAAUCCACUCCCAGGGCCGCGCUCCUGGCGGAGGCCUCAAUGCUGGAUUUGGACAGCAGGAGAAAAAUUCUAGCAACCAAUUUUGUGGGAAAAGUAAUAACAUUGGAAAACCACUCUCUUAUAAAAUUAUUAUUUCAAACUAGGGGAAAAAUAUUAACACUUCCAACAUAUACAAAUAGAAACAAGAUACCAUAUUUGAUUGCUGCGUUGGGAGAAUUUCAGCCUUAUUAUAAUAAAUUAUAUAAAAGUGCUAAUUUUCCUUGCUUUGAGGUUGAUUUUGACAUCUUGAAUAAUCCCAUAAAAAUUUUUGAUUGUUAUAUUAAGAAAAGUGAUUUUUCCAUUGUACAAGACUUCAAGUCGGUAACUGAAAAAAUUAAGUCUACACAUGUGUUUAUUUACACGGAUGCAUCAAAAAGGGACUCGUUAAGUAUUUGUAAAGCAGAAACUAUUGCAAUACAUGAUGCGGUAAUAUUCGCAAUACAAAAGCAUAUAAAUAAAGCAGUUAUAUUUUCAGAUUCCAAAAGUGCCAUUCAGAAAAUCAAUAAAUAUCUUUUAAAAGCGAAAGCCGAUUAUUGCACUCUAAGAACUAAAAGAAUAAUUAGUUUGGCUAAUGUAAAUGGGUUUGACAUACGCUUAUCCUGGAUUCCGGGGCACGCGAAUAUCCAAGGAAACUCAGAAGCUGACUUGUUGGCAAACAUUGGGAAAGAUCUUAAUGUGCCAAAAAGUAUGCUCUUGGAUUCAGUUGAUAUUUGUAAUGUUAUUAAAGAUAAGAUUUUUAAUGAAUUUAAAGAAAAAUGGAUAGUCAAUAUAAAAAACCAACAGUAUCAAUACUUCAAAUCACAGGUUACUUUUCCAACAAAAAAAUGGUUCUCAGGCCUUCCAUUCAUGGAUAGGAGGCACAUUACAACUGUUAUUAGAAUGAGAACGGGCCAUUGUUGUACAAAAAAACAUUUACAUAAGAUAAAAGCGAUAGAAGACCCGCGUUGUGAAUGUGGUACAGUUGAAGAUCUUAAUCAUAUAUUUUUUGAAUGUCCUAUUAAUUUCAUUCCUACCAUGGAUUUGUAUGGGAAAUUUAUUAACAUGAAAUUCGAUGCUCCCAUAACUAUUUUUUCUAUCUUUCAGAAGCCAAAUGAAGGUUUGGUCAAUUUGAUUUUGUCCUUUUUGAAUAUUAAUAAAAUAAAAUUGUAAUGCUCAGCUUUUCACCUAUUAAUGUUUUAGCACCUUUGAAGCUUCCCGAUCCAGUAGAAUAUGUGAUGUCAUUUCAACCAUUCUCCCAUUGUUCCUAUGUUGUGUUCGUCAAUACUAACCUAGCUUUUACAGAUCCAUAUAUCAUCCGAAACAAUAGUUUCUUCACAGCACUUAUAAUCUAAUAGAACAAGUUGAUAGUCUGUUAAUUAGGAAAGAAUUCCAGAAUUGUAAAAGAAUAGAUGGCCCCAAUAUGGUGGACAGCCAGACAACAUUGAGGUCAUCAUAAAAUUGAGCUGGCAAUUGCCCAGUAGCAAAGCCAAAUCCGAGACAAGACAAGACAAGACAAAAUAUGUACCACUUAUUGUAACUUUUAACCUCAAAAUUUCAUUCAAAUCACUAAAAGUACUUGGAAGAAAAUUAUAAUAAAUCGAAAGAUUAUUAAGAC